UCCUAGGGGGAAAUUUUUUUCCACUUCCCAGCAUGUGUGGCUCUCACUCGCACAAACCUGGAACAGAGAGAGAAAUGCAUGCUAUAUAAACAGAUGUAAUGCGAGCAAAAUUAUAAUUUACAUCAGAGUCACAUUCGAGUGUACUAAAUACCAUACUCUACUUCACUAUCAUACAAGAUGAGUUCGUCAUCAUCAUCAACCUCGUCCUCAUUCAUCCUCCCAGAUAGCCCACCAGCACAUGAGCAUAUCCUCAACUACUGGCAACAGAAAGCUGCCCUCGCUGCCGACGCGUCCACUGCUGCACCUGCUCCUUCUCCGCUCACUGUGGAACCGCCAUUGCCGGGGGAGAUCGUGCUGGGUGACAGUCCAGUUCAACACUUGGCUCCACCUGCUACCUGGGCACCGCGACGUGCGGUGCUAACAACUCUGAGCAAGAACAACAUCAAGCAGAAGCAGGGGAAGAGAAGGUUAGUGUUUGAUGAGGCUGAGGUUAGCGGGGAUGAGGACGAGACAAUCUUCUCACAAACAAAGAAACAUGCUGCAGUGGAGAAUGAGUCAUCACUUGCCCCCCUGAUGAAGGAAGUGCAGAGGGCAGAGGAGGAUGAGAGGAGGGAGAUGGACUUUGUUCAACUCAUCAAUCAGCCUGCACCCAAACCCUGGGUGCCACUGAGAGAGUUGAAAGAGGAUGUACCCUACCUCAUUAUCAGCACAAGGGAGCAUACCAAUAAACAUGGACUACGUGUUAUUUUGAAAAUUAGCAAUGCAGGAAGCAAAUCGUUGUGUGAGGGAGACGAACGUGAGAGCGUCAACACCUGA